AUGAUUUGUGAAGAUGAUCACCAAUUGAGGUUGAUUUUGGGAGUGCCGGGGGACCGUGGUCGAGCCGACUCGUUGUUGGACCGGUCAUUGGACCGACCUUUGUUGGAGAAUGGCUCAGGUGGCCAUCUACCUACAGACUCAAGCAGACCAGGCAAACAUUGUUCGGCUCCCACCGUCGCAUGGCACCUGUCGAAAGGGUUCCUCGGACUCGGUCUGUUCGUAGCGCCAUAUCUAGCCCGUGUAGGCGGUCCAAGCUUCGGAGUAAUUGUCUGUGUUGCGGGAUACUACUUGGCCCGGCAGGGUUCCGACGCCGUGUUGCGUUGCGCCGCUUCAAGAGACUACCCCACCUCCCUAGACGCGCUUGUACACCAGAGUCCAGGUGGCCUCGUCCUUCGAACUCUCGUCCGGACAUUCAGAACGGCAUCAAGACUUGGCACCGCCACUCUCACCCUAAUGUUCAUUGCCACCGCAGCUAUCCGACUUUUCCCCAACCAAGGUGGCUGGAGUCUACUCCUGGGGGCUGCCCUCCUCAUGGGUUAUACCCUCAGUGUUCAACGACCAGAAAAACUACGCAUCUGGGUCGCUGUGGCCCACGGCCUUGCCCUCGCCGGCUUCCUGCUCUUCUUCGCCACUUGUCUCUGGAUCCUCGCCACGCGGGUCGAGAAGGAAGUCGAGGCCAUCGAACAAAACAUCUUCAACCCCACCACCACCCCCUUCCCCACCACCACCCCCUUCCCCACCACCACCCCCUUCCCCACCACCAUUUCCGAUGGCACAGCUGCUGGACUCGCGCCACCCCAUCUCCUAGCAAACGCUACACCUCCCCCAUCCACUACUCACAUGAAGACUUCGAUCGUGAUGUCCACGCGUCCCGUGACCACUCAUCUC